AUGCCUUCAGCGCGUAUUUUGGUUAUUCACGACGACACGUUUCACGCGCGGUUCCCGACCCGCCCGCAAGCUUGCAUUUCUCACCAAUAUGAAGUCUUGACACACGUCUACAACAAGUGUAAAACCGGCAUCAAAAUGGCCGAACUAGUAUCUAGCAUUAUCACCAUUGCGACACUGGGUCUUGCAGCGAUCAAAGAAUGCGCCAGCUACAUUGAAGCAGUGCGAACAGUCGAUAAAUUGGUAGAUCGGCUUCUCGAGAAAAUUACAAAUCUCCACGAGAUGGUACGCCAUGUCAAUCUGACACAUCACAAGGCGGAAGCAGAUGAGAGUAGUGAGUCGUCGAAAUUAGUGCGCGAUAAGAUCAUCCUAUGUAGACAGCGUCUACGCCAAAUCAAACCUAGAAUCGUCGACCUUGCGUCUCUUAAUUCAGAGACAUUGAUGGAAAAGACGAUAUUGAAACGGAAUUUCGACCAAGUAACAAGAGACAUCGAAUUUGCAGUACAGGAUAUCAAUAAUUACAUGGCAGAUAUCAACACACUGUUCAACUGCUGGAGACUUGAGUUGGCACAUUCCGCUCGUCGCCAUUCCGAGAUAUCACGUCUUCACGCCCCAAGCGCAUCUCAUCGACGUGCCUCAGAAUCUAUGAGACCACAAUCAAAUCCAUUUGAGCUUCGAGGCCCAUUAUCCUCUAGUGCUAGCGUCGAGUCAAACCAUGAACUACAUACAUUAGUCCGUACACAGUCUGCCGCGAGGUCUGACUUCCAUUCACCUCCCUCAACAUUUUCUCAGUCGCCACUUGACGACACUGAGAGUGUCUCAUCAGCGCCAAGCUCCGCUCCACCAAAAGAUGAGGAAGAGUGGAAGUACUUUCACUCUAAGAUUCUCAAAUGCAUAGAUGAUGAAUUUCUCGUUGAUGAGAUUCGUUCGAUGCUUGAACACGCUCCGGAUGCCGUCGCACUUGCGAACAUUCCUGGAAAAUGUCAAAGAGUACCUUUACAUAUAGCUGCCCAACGCGGAUUUCGUCGAGUAGCAUGCGUAUUGCUUGAAUUUGAUGCAGACAUCAAUGCCAAAGACACUGAGCCGUCUAGUGUGCUUGACCACGCGCUCGCGAACAGGCAAACAGACUUUGUGGCAUUCUUGUUAGAGCAUCACGUCGAUGAAACAGGUAUACUCGAACGCAACAUACCAGCCCUCAGACAAGCAAAAAGCACUAUAAAACUUCAAACCGAUCAAGUUGCGCGCAGAAGCAGUGUACCAGUAAGGAACGAAGGCUGCAAAUUCAGCUUCAUCAGACGAAGAAAGCAUUCCACAUGA